AUGACUUAUUAUGAAGAUCCUGUAAGCAAAGUUAAAUAUUCACUUGAUUUAGGGACACUUCUUCUUGCUCCAUCAGAACUUACAAAUUUUGUCAUCAAAUCUCAAACAAAAUAUAUUAGAGGUGAAUCAUCAGAUUCCUAUGCAUUCGUUGCAUGUAAAUCCACUCUUCGGUCAUUUUCUUUUGAAGAAAAUUCACAACUACAAAGCAUUCAAAAAUACGCAUUUUACCAAUGUGAAAAAAUCCAAAAUAUUGAUAUUUCUAAAUGCAAUCAUCUGACAUCAAUAGGAGAAAAAGCAUUCAGUGGUUGUUCUUCAUUAACAAGUAUCUUACUUCCAGAAUCACUAACAUCACUUGGACCAUAUAGUUUUAUGAGUGCAGUGAAUAGUAUUGAAUAUGGGUGUUUUGAAUAUGCUUUUCUUGAUAGCAUUACAAUUAGUUCAGGAAAUCAAAAAUACAAAAUAGAAAAUAAUAUACUCUUAACAAUAGAUGGUACAAUUUCAAUUGGUUAUCCAUUAAGAAUGACAGGAACAGCAGUUUUUCCAAAUGGUGUUAAUAGAAUUGUGCUUGCUUCUUUCAGCAGUUCAUCGAUUUCUCAUGUCCAGUUUCCAAAUUCGCUUCAAGUAAUUGAAAGAUAUGCAUUCUUUAAGUCGAAAAUUCAAGAUUUGGAUAUUCCAAAUUCUGUUAUAAGUAUAGAUUAUAAUGCUUUUGCUUCAUGUCCGAAUCUUGCUUCAAUAAGACUUUCUGAGAAUCUUAAAAAUUUAUCGGCAAAUACUUUUCAAGAUGCACCUAUAACUUCAAUUAAUAUUCCAGAUUCGGCUAAAUUAAUCGAUUCAAAUUGUUUUGUUGGAUGUUGGAAACUUUCUGAAGUCACGUUACCAGAUAAUAUUACUUAUCUUGCGGGAAAUGCAUUUCCUAAAACUACCAAAUUAAAAUUUGGUCCUAAUUCCAAUUUAUAUAUUGAUUCCCAACUCUUAAUUAUUGAUAAAAGUAAUCAAACGAUUAAUGGAUAUAUAGGAGAGAAUGUUGAAAAAGAAUUCGUAAUAUUAAACUCAAUACAAACAAUAACAAGUUCUGUAUUUGAUGGAAGAGAUAAAAUAACAAAAAUUACAUUUCCAGGUGAUUCUAUACUGAAAUCCAUAAAAGCAUCCGCAUUUUGCAAUUGCAAAAAUCUGCAAUUUGUUAACCUCCCUUCAACUAUAGAGAAUAUUGAAGAAGAUGCAUUUUAUAACUGUUUGAGACUUGAAAGUAUAACGAUUAAUAACGCUAAAAAUUUGGAAUCAUAUGCAUUUUAUGGAUGUUCCAAUCUUAAGUCCAUAACAUUAUCAUCCUCAUCCUUACAAAAAAUUUUCGAAUAUACCUUUUGCGGGUGUACAAGUUUAGUAGAUAUUGAACUCCCAUCUUCACUUACAAAUAUCAAUGAUUAUGCAUUUAAAAAUUGUUCAAAACUAGAACGUGUAGAAAUAAAUGGAAAUUCACUGAGGUUUAUUGAUAUUGAAUCAUUCUCACAAACUAAUAUAAAGAAAUUCGAUUUCUCAAAAUGUGUGAAUUUUGAAAAUCUAGGUUUAAAAUCUAUUCAAGAUACUACUUCCCUUUCAAUUCUUAUACUUCCGCCAAAUCUCAAGAAAAUAUCUGAUAUGGCUGUUAGAAAUAGUGGUGUUAAAAAUAUCACAUUUCCUCAAACACUGACAUCAAUAGGAAUAGAUUCAUUUGCAGAUUGUUUUUAUCUAGAAGAGAUCAAUAUCCCAGAAAAUAGUGCAUUGACAAGUAUUGGAAUUGGAGCAUUUAGAGGAUGUAUGCGACUCAAAAAAAUAAGUAGCUUUUCCAGCAGUUAUAGAGUUAUGACUGGAGCCCUAUUUACAUAUGAUUUGAUUUCUUUAGUUCUAUUCCCACCUGCAUCCGAAGUAACCUCAUUUUCACUACCAGGUGAUACUCGCUUCAUUAACGAAGGAGCUUUCCGUUCAUGUACAAAUUUAGUAUCAAUAUUUAUUCCUUCCGAUUCAAUUUCAUAUAUCUCUUCAAGUGCAUUCGAAAGCUGCUCUAGCCUAACAUGGAUUAAUAUACCAAUAUGUGUAACUGGUGUUGGAGCAAAUGCUUUCAAAGGAUGUUCAAGAUUGAAUUGCGGAAUUAAAGUCGAAAACAGAAGUAAGUUAUUCUUGGAAAAUUUAUUCAAUAACGCAAAGCUUUCCAAGCAAUCUGUAAAAAAUUGCAUUGGAAACAUUGUAACACGUAAUUGCUUUUUCUAUACAAAUAUAUUUUCUUCUUCAAUGUUGAUGAUUCAAGUUAUGAUUAUCAUGUAA